AUGACAGCCUCUGUCGUGAGCGAGUACUAUAGCGCCGGUGGAAACAGACACUCCGGCGCCGCUGACUGGUCUGCCAUUUCUGGGCUCGUCGCCUUUGGAGCGGAUCAAAAUGUGGGCAUCUGGUCACCUCUGAAUGACGCGGGACGCGGCAUCUCCGCCCUCCUCAGCGGGCACAAGGCGAAAGUCACGGCCGUCAGUUUCUUGACAUGUCCAUCAAGCUCGACCCCAGAUGAGCUUCUGGUGACGGGUAGCGCGGACGGCGAAAUUGCUGCUUGGAAACAAGACGGCUCGAGUCGACAGGGACGCUGGCAUUGUCUGUCCAGGGUAACAGCGCACGAUGGAACCGUCAACACCAUCUCCUGUCUUGGUGCACACAACAUCUUCGUCACCGGAGGAGCCGACGCCACCGUCAAAGUAUGGAGAGUCCACGUGCAGGAAAGCCAGAUUGAGGCGCUGGCAACACUCCCUCUCAAGCCGAGGUUCAUCCCCCUCGCCCUGGCUGUUGGUCUCUUUGGCUCGGACGAGUCCCAGAGAACAGCCUUCCUGGUCGUAGGGGGAACGCGCAACGACAUCCAGGUCUUCUCGCUCGAGAACUUGCCCUCGAAGCCUCAGAUCAAGCUCCGCGCUACGCUGACGGGACAUGAAGCGUGGAUUCGGUCGUUGGCACUGACUCGCACAGGCGAUGCGGAUGAUGAUGAUGGAGGAUACCUACUCGCGUCGGCCAGCCAGGACAAAUACGUGCGCAUCUGGCGCUUCCGCUCAGGUAAUCAGCAGAGUGCUGUCCUCACUUCGACGGCCACGAACGCACCCAGCACACUGGCGGCGAAGGUUCAAACAGUCACGGCCGGCUCAUAUACCUGCUCCAUCACAUUCGAGGCUCUCCUCCUCGGCCACGACGACUGGAUCUACUCGGCGUCAUGGAGUCCUGGCACCAGAACCGGCGCAGGCGAUGCUCGACUCCUGACCGCGUCCGCCGACGGCUCCCUGUCCAUCUGGGAAUCCGACCCCAUCUCCGGGAUCUGGCUCAGCGUCUCCCGUCUCGGAGAGAUCAGCAGUCAAAAAGGCGCCACCACGGCGACCGGCUCGGCCGGAGGGUUCUGGACCGCACUAUGGAGCCCCGACGGCAAGGCUGUCACCUCGCUCGGGCGCACGGGAAGUUGGCGCCUCUGGCAGUACGAUGCGGAGUCUCAAUUCUGGACCCAGCGACACGGCAUCAGCGGCCACGUCGGCGCCGUCACGGGACUGUGCUGGUCCCCGGACGGGAGCUACCUCCUGACCACGAGCGCCGAUCAAACCACGCGACUCCACGCCCAGUGGAAGCGAGGUGGCAAGCGGAGCUGGCAUGAAUUCUCCAGGCCGCAGAUCCACGGCUACGAUCUGAACUGCAUAACGAGCAUUUCACCGUGGCAGUUCUGCAGCGGCGCAGACGAGAAACUCCUCCGCGUGUUCAAUCAGCCGAGAGACGUGGCCGGCAUCUUGAACCGGCUUUGUGGGAUUUCAUUGCCCGCGGCGGCAGGGACGGAGGCGGGUGGGCAGAACACUUCUAUAUCCAUGCCCGAAAGGGCGGCAAUCCCUGUGCUGGGACUGUCAAACAAGGCGAUGGACGAGAGCGAAGUCGUGGAAGCGAACGAUCUGGACACUACAGGCACAGCCGACGAUAUGGGUGCUUUGGGCGCGCCCUCGCUCGCCACCAUCAGCGAACCACCCACCGAGGAUCUCCUGUCGCGCCACACGCUCUGGCCCGAGCACGAAAAGCUGUACGGCCACGGCUCCGAGAUCUCCGAGGUCGCGACGUCGUGUGUGUCUUUGUCUUCGGCAUCGGCAUCAUCUCCCGGCGCCGUCCUCGCCACAACAUGUAAAGCCAGUUCGACCGACCAGGCCGUCAUUCGCCUCUACGACACGACCAGCUGGACCGAGACGAAACCGGCUUUGUCUGCCCAUUCGCUGACCGUCACGAGGCUCGCGUUCUCCAAGGGGCGGGAUGAGGCCGAGUACCUGCUCAGUGUAGGCAGGGACAGACAGUGGGCCCUUUUCAGGCGGGGGAAUGACCCUGUCGAAGCAGCAGAUGGAAAGACGGACAGUAAAACUAAUAACACCAAGGAUUGGAUCCGCAUUGCCAACAACCCCAAAGCCCACAGCCGGAUGAUCCUCGAUGCCGCCUGGCUACCGGGUACCGAGGACCCAAGCUUCGUCACAGCAGGACGAGACAAAACAAUAAAGAUAUGGUCGGGCAAGCGGAGUCAGAACCAGAAUCAUGACCGUGACCAUGACCGUGACCACGACUACAACUACGAAUUCACCCUGAAAGCCUCGAUCGCGCGGUCCAGCCCCGUCACCGCCAUUGCCGUCGCGGAAGUACCUACCGGCUCGACCCGAGACGGCACAUCCAACACAAAGAUCCUCGCCGCGGGACAGGGCGACGGCACCAUCUCACUUCACGUGAUCGUGCUCGAUCGGGAAGUGUCCGCUGCGCCAACGUCGACGGUAUUAUCCAAAUCCAAGAGCGUUGACCUGUCGAGGGAUCUAUGUCCAUCGCGUGCGGUGAACAGGUUGGCGUGGCGGCCUCGGAGCCAGUCUUGGGUUGGGGCGAGCGAGGCGGGCGAGGGGACCGACAUAGGCAUAGGCGUAGGCACAGACACAGACACAGACACAAGCCCGCCCGGUACAAACAGUGCGAAUCCAGCAACAGCAACAGCAACAGCAACAGCAAGUGCUAGAGCUAGAGCUAGAGCUAGAGUGAAUGUUGGCGAGUUGGCAGUGGCGUCGGCGGACGGGUCGGUGCGGAUCUUGAGCAUUGACCUGGACCUGGACGAGCUGGCGCGGGGGAGUUGUUGA